AUGGAAGAUCAGGUUGCCCAAGCAGCAUUGGCAAUGGUCAACCCCACAACGGAUUCAGCGACUCGCCGACAAGCUUCACAAUUCUUGGAAGAAUGGACACAACGUCACGACGCAUGGGAUGUAUAUGCCAAGUGGCUGGGAUCAUUUCGCUCCAUGCAAGAAAAAACAAGCGACCAAAUAGCCAUGCAAAUGCUUUGUCUCACAAUGUUGCAAACCAAGUUACGAAAGGAGAUCCCACGGAAUGAUCCUUCCAAAUGGCAUCCAUCUAUUCAAAUCGUCCGACAAGAGCUGUGGGAAUAUGCAAGACAACAACAAUUUUCUACCGACGCAUCGUUAUCCUCCCUACUGACUCCAUGCUGCAUAUGCAAUGCCGCCGUCAUUGUCAGAUGUGGUAUUUUGUCGGAUUUCAUGUCCCAUGUUGGAAAUACAAAUUCUGAUCUUCCUCCAGAUGCCAUGUUCCGAUUACUGGCGUGCAUACCCUACGAAAUGGAGGCUUGCCAGGACCUUACAACGCCACAAGUAACACAGGAGUUGGUACCCUUUUUGGAAGUGGUGUUGGACAUAAUACGGAGGGGAUUGGAGGACACUUCAACUUCUAACAUUCAGCUGCCUGCAUGCAUGGCGUUAAAGGAGUGGUCCAAUAUAUCCCAUGUUUCGCUAUCUCAACUCAAUACUCCCACCUGUGGAGGGCAAAGAGCAGUGCUACCAGCGCUAAUGUCACUCUUGUCAUCAUCCACCAGCUACAAUGACGAACGACUCUUACAAGCAGCAUCUCAGGCACUGACAGCAGCUGUAAUGGUAGUUUCCGAUCAUUGUACGCCUACACGAGAAGCUGCAGCUGCAUCCAUGUGGAACGCCAUCUCGAGUGGUUUCAUUGUAGGCCCCAUGCAAUUGGCGUCUCAAAAUGAAUGGCACGAUGCCUGUCAUGCGCUAGCCACUUUGAUAUGUACCUUUGUGACGGAGCAAGUGGACGAUUUAAUUUCCCAACCAGCCGAAGUCGGAUUGGAGUUUUUGCUGCAGAUUCAAGCCCAUCCUCAUACGCCAGUGGCCUUAAUCCCGUUGGAUUGUUGGCUGACGGUUCAAGAAACUCCAUUAGAAGAUCGACAUGAGAACUGGCGAAAACCCUUGCUCCGAAAGGUGGUGGCUACCCUAUUGACGCGGAUGGCUUACCCAACAAACUUUGUGAACUGGGAAGAAGAACUGGAUCUCGAUUCCCAAGAAUUUAAUGAGCUACGCCGCAUGGUGACAGAUGUGCUAGUUAGUGGAUAUUAUCUACUGCGAGGAGAACUGAUACAAACUCUGACCAAUCAUGUGCGUACAGCGACCCAUUGGACGGCAUCCGAAGCUGCACUUGUUUGCCUUUCGCAAAUAGCUCGUGAUGUUUGUGGGCGGUGUAAAUCCAAUGCUGCAGCCGGAACAUCCAUUGCCCGCGACCGAGACUUGACUUGCCAAGAAUUAUUGCAACUCUUGGACCAGUUGGUCUCUGUCGAUGCGAAGCAACAACAUUCAGUGCUGUUAGCUUCCAUACUGAACUUUUGUGGAUCCUACUGCCCGGCUUGGAAUUCAAUGAACUGUCCACCGCAGGCAAUUCUUCGACUCCUUCAAUUUCUGCAAUCUUCCUUUUCCAUCUUGCCUCUCGAAUCUGCCAAGGCGACAAGAGCCGUUUUUGUAUCCUGCCUGUCAAAGUCCAUGCCCAGCCUGGAUGAUCUUCAGGGAUCAAACAAUCAGUCUUCGAGCAUUAUGCCACUUGUGUUGAAAUCAGUUCGAGAUUCCAUGGAGGCAGCCUUGGCAACUUCGUCAGAAGAAGCGAUGACGAUGGUAGCCGAGGGUGCGACUCGACUGGUAACAAAAACAAAGGAUGCAGUAAUGGCGCGACAGGGAUUGGUGAACGAUCUGAUCCAUCCAAUUGUACAACGGGGUCAGCUUGCCAUGAAUGCGUUCCCGGAAUCAGGCGACUCGGAAGACUGGCUCUCGCCCAAUGUCCAAUUGGCACUCGAGUCCUUGGUUAGAAUCAUGUCGGUAAUCCAUGUCAUUGUUCGAUUUUGCGAUGCGCCUUAUGUGCCCGCUGUCAGUGAAUGGCUGUUGAUGGAAAUUGGCCCAUUUCUCGAAGCAGUUCAAGGGCGAACGACAAACCUAGGAGCCCAACAAUUGGUGAUUCCAAAAUGGAUUACUAUUCACAUGCAGCUAUUACGAAACUCGGCCUCACAAGAAUCCAUGGUGCUGGCAAUGUUUUCCAAUACCAUUCCUUUGAUCGUGCAAGCGUUGGAAGGUACCAAGGAUCCCUCGACACUUAGGUACAUUUCCGCGGCCGUGGAGAUGUUUGGUGGCAAGUCAGACGAGGUUGAUCACUCCUUCAAGGAGCUUCUUGCUCAUGUGACCAACAUUGUGGCGAACCACGCCCAAUCGACGGAGUGCGCCGAGCUGUUGCAAAGUUUCUUUGAGUGCAUGCAACGAUUCAUACUCUACGGACCUCGAGCGCUGUGUUAUAACCCACAGUUUGGAACGAUAUUGACGUUGGCGGUAGAAUCCAUAAGAGCUCUGAACGGUGCCAAAGAAUCAACAAGGGCUUCACUUAUGUUUCUGUCCCAGCUUUUUGGAUUCAAUCUAUUACGAGUAUCUCCACAAGUUCAACAGGUACUUCAGGAAGCCUGGCAAAUGGUUUUGAAGGAUAUGUUGAAACACCACGGGUCUAGUUUGGUACAAUCCUGUGUGGUUGGAUUGGCCGGUGGACCCCAAAUGCUGUGGCCAGCCUAUGCCGAUUGUCUAUUUCAAAUCGUGCAAUCGAUAUUGAAUAAUCCACGGGGAGAAAAUGGAUCUGCAGACUUUACUGAUGAGAUGCUGCAACAAUGGUUGCUAUCUAGUAUGACAUCUGUCAUCUCGUCGAAGGAUACCAAUAUGACGACUGAUAUGUGCUCUCAAGUCGUUUCCAUACUGUUCACACUGGCAAGAAAAGGAACCAAAGGACGACCCAAGGCAAAGAUGCUACUAUCCGACUUUGCUAAGAUACUGAAAGGUGAAAUGGCACCGGAUGCAUUAGUGUCUUAUGCAUUACAAUAA